GGGCGUCGAGGACGCGCAGGGGCGCGCGCCGCCGCUGGGAACGCGCUUCUCCGCUCGCGCGCGUAGGAGCCGGGGCUCUGCGUGGAAACCGAAGGCGUAGCGAGAGGCGUGGAGCAUGAAAAGGCAAGGGGCCUCCUGCGAGCGGAAACUCACGCGGACGUCCUCCGGGAAGACCGGAGCAGCAAAUGGGUUUCUCAUGGAAGUGUGUGUUGAUUCGGUUGAAUCAGCUGUGAAUGCAGAAAGAGGAGGUGCUAGUAGGAUUGAAUUAUGUUCUGAUUUAUUGGAGGGAGGAACCACACCCAGCAUGGGUGUCCUUCAAGUAGUGAAACAGUGUGUUCAGAUCCCAGUUUUUGUGAUGAUUCGGCCACGUGGAGGUGACUUUCUAUAUUCAGAUCGUGAAAUUGAGGUAAUGAAGGCUGACAUUCGGCUUGCCAAGCUUUAUGGUGCUGAUGGUUUGGUGUUUGGGGCAUUGACUGAAGAUGGACACAUUGACAAAGAGCUGUGCAUGUCCCUUAUGGCUAUUUGUCGUCCUCUGCCAGUCACUUUCCACCGAGCCUUUGACAUGGUUCCUGAUCCAGUGGCAGCUCUAGAAACCCUCUUAAACCUGGGAUUUGAACGAGUAUUGACUAGUGGAUGUGAUAGUUCAGCACUAGAAGGGCUGCCAGUAAUAAAACGACUCAUAGACCAGGCAAAAGGCAGGAUUGUGGUAAUGCCAGGAGGUGGCAUAACAGACAGAAAUCUGCAAAGGAUCCUUGAGGGUUCAGGUGCUACAGAAUUCCACUGUUCUGCUCGGUCUUCCAGAGACUCUGGAAUGAAGUUUCGAAAUUCCUCUGUUGUCAUGGGAGCCUCACUUACUAAUUCAGAAUAUUCUCUGAAGGUAACAGAUGUAACCAAAGUAAGGACGUUGAAUGCUAUUGCAAAGAAUAUCCUGGUUUAGUGAGACCUCUCCAAGAGACAUGGAUAUUGUACAAUGAAGGCAGAAGUAUAAUCAGCUGUACUCUGUGACACAGCUUUAAUCUUCUCUUACUAAGACAGUCUUUAAGUUUCACUUGUUCACGGAGAAUGAUUCUAAGAAGAAAAAUUGAAACAGAUAUGGUCACUGCGUUUGCUUAGUCUUGUCAGCCACUAUUGUCAUCAUCAUGGUUAAAUGUAGUCUGUGCUUCUGCCACAGAGAGGCUUCCUUUUCAAAGGAUUGGUUAAUGAAUGGAGAAAAUUGAACUGCAAGGUCUAAAUUCAGAGUGUGGUUUCAGGGUCAACUCAAUAGUAGGAUUUUGUCUUUUCAUUUGUAAAAUAAAAAAAUUUCAUUCUGUU